GAAUUUGGAGAGACCUCCUCAUAGCGAGCAGUCAGGAAGAGUUUUCUCACUUCAGUAAAACAUUUGUUAUAAUGGGUGCAUUUUACCUGUUCUCAUACUGGUUCAGUUUUGCGAUAUUGUGUAUACUCCUUCUGAUUGCAUCCGCGUUCCUUGGAUAUUGUUUAUAUGUUAAAUACAUUCACAUGAAAUAUGAUCAUAUCCCUGGGCCACCGAGAGACAGUUUUCUCUUCGGGCAUGCACCAACCAUGAUAGAGGAAACACGAAGUGGGAGAAAUCUCCACGACAAAUUCCUGCAGUGGUCAGAAAUGUACGGGCCAGUGUAUAGGAUAAAUAGCCUUCAUAUGGUUAUUAUUGGUGUGACUUGUCCGGAGGCUACUAAGGAGAUCUUGAUGUCCCCUAAGUACCCAAAAGAUAAACUUUUGUACGCACGGCUCUUUAAUCUUUUUGGAGUGAGGUUCCUUGGGAGUGGCUUGGUUUCCGCUACUAACCACGAGCAGUGGUAUAAACAACGAAGGAUCAUGGACCCGGCCUUCAGCACUCUGUACCUCAGGGGUCUGAUGGGGACCUUCAACGAGAGGGCAGAACACCUCAUGGAUGAACUCACAAAGUUAGCAGACAGCAAAAAAGAAGCAAAGAUGCACCACUUGCUUAGCCGUGUGACCCUAGAUGUCAUCACCAAGGUGGCCUUUGGAAUGGAUUUAGACCUCGUCAACAACGACUCGCCGUUCCCCAAAGCCAUCGAGACUUGUCUGAAAGGCAUGGUCGCCAAUCUCCGAGAUUUAUUCUUUCAGUACAAGCAAAACAACCGACCGUUCAUCAAGGAGGUGAGGGAGGCGUGCCAGUUUCUGCGGACCACAGGAGAAGACUGGAUCUCCAAACGGAGAACUGCCGUCCAAAAUGGCGAAGAUGUACCCAAAGACAUCCUCACUCAGAUCAUCAAAUCAGCUGGACAAGAAGAGGAGAUCACCAAAGAGGAUGAGGACUUAAUGUUGGACAACUUUGUGACGUUUCUCAUCGCGGGGCAGGAAACAACAGCCAGUCAGCUGGCGUUCUGCAUCACCGAACUAGCAAGGAACCCUGACGUCAUGGAAAAAGCGCAGAAAGAGGUGGAUUCUGUCCUUGGAAUGAAGCAGGAGAUUAGCUAUGAUGAUUUGGGAGAGCUGACCUACCUCGGACAGGUACUGAAGGAGACGCUGAGGUUGUACCCCAGUGCCCCGGGAUUGUCCCGCGAGGUGUCAUCAGACAUUACCAUCGCUGGUUAUGACAUACCUGGAGGAACUAUACAAAUGUUUGACACCUAUGUUUGUGGGCGGAUGGAUAAAUUCUUCAAGGACCCACUGACGUUUGAUCCAGACCGGUUUCAUCCAGACGCAACAAAGCCUUACUACUGUUACUUCCCCUUCGCUCUUGGAGCACGCUCCUGUCUGGGACAGAAGUUUGCACAGAUGGAGGCUAAGGUGGUGAUGGCCAAGCUGCUUCAGAGGUUUGAUUUCAGCCUGGUGCCAGGACAGUCCUUUGACAUCUUGGACACGGGAACCUUGAGGCCAAAGAGUGGGGUCGUUUGCAACAUUAAACACAGGGAUCAGUAGGGGAAGUAUGGGAGUGCAGUGGCCUGGGCGUAUGACUCUCAGCCCAAAAGGUGGCGGGUUUGAGUGAAUAAAAUAAAUAAUAAUAAUGAUAAUCUCUGACGAUUUGAUUGGCUGACCGGCCUGAUUGUAAUUAUAACACAAUCAGUUUCCUUGUAAUAUAUAUCGGUUGAAAAUACAAAUAUGCAAUCAUAAUUAGCGUGCACAUUGUUAUUGCAAUUCUUCUGACAAAGAGAUGGUUCAUUUGUUCAAUGAUUAAUAAAGCAAUAUU